AUGGAGGAAAAAGGCACUGAGGAUCUGCAGAAAAUCAGCGAACUUCUGGAUUCCGAUAAUCCGCCGUCGAAGAAGGAAUUACUGGAUAUGCUAGAAGGCGCUGAUAUAAGCGAGGAUAUGAAGGAAAGCCUUAGAAGCAUGCUGACUGGAGACGUGCCACAAGUUUUUGGCUCCUACGGCACUUUGUUAGCGGUGUUUUUCGUGAUUCUCAUCUUCUCGAUUAUAUGUAAGUUUUGA